CAAACUUCAGAACAAGAACAAUUUGCAAAUCAUCAAACCCCUUUAAUUAGUGCAUUAUUCCUCUAAACAAGUUCCAGUUCAAUUACAAUCCCAUCCAACACCAAAACUUACUUUCAGUAUCAAGAUCUAGUCAUGGGUAUUAUUCGUUUACCAUCUAUGAUUUCUAGUGUGAAGCAAUUCCAUAAAUUGCAUUCUGUUAUUAAGAGAAAUCAUAUUUCAGAUGUUCCAAAAGGAUAUUUUGCAGUUUACGUGGGAGAAACAGAGAAGAAGCGAUACGUGGUUCCUAUUGCAUACUUGAAUCACACUUCCUUCCAGGAAUUGCUUCAAAAAGCAGAGGAAGAAUUUGGGUUUCAACAUCCAAUGGGUGGUCUCACAAUACCCUGCAAUGAGGACGCAUUUUUUCAUGUCACUUCUCGAUUGAUGAACAGUUUAUGAAAUGAAGAAGCAAUUAAGAUGCAGCAUUAGUGACUGAUUAUAUUAGAGCUUAGUGUUUAAUUUUUCAUUUAUUUUUUCCUCUUGCCAUGCAAGAGAGGUAAUUUUAUGUACAAAGCCUUUCCACCGGCUCACAUUGUUUUUUGGGAACCGGAAAGGAAAGCAUACAAUCAAUUUUUUUACCAAUUCUCAAAAUGGAAUCCCAAAUUCUUUAAAUACUUUUAAUUGUCUUUUAAUUUGUUUAAUGUAUAUGGUUAGUCAAAAUAUUUACAGGGGAAAUUCUUUUUAUUUUCUAAAUCUAAAAUUUACAGA